AACCGAACCCGUCACUAGCCUCUGAACCCGAUCCUACCUUCCACGACGCGCUCCUGAUCCGUGCAGAGAGAGCAAGAGUCCAUGCCGGGCUUUAGCGCGCCUCCUGCUACUCGCUCCCAUUGUGAUGCUGCUCCGGCUCGCGCACUUCACGCGGAGUUAGCGCGAGCGCGGCCAAGGUAACGAAAAAGGAGUACACGCCGUCGCUUUUAGUGGAUUUUACCUGAUAAAAUUUACCUAUGAAACUAUGUCUUACCGCCUCUCGGUUAUGCCCGCGGAGUUAGGACAGCGGAGCUCCCUUCGCCGACAGAGUUGAGAAGUUAAACUUAGGCUAAGCACUGAAGUUUUCCCUCCUCAGAGCUGCUCGGCGUCAACACUGUUCUGCACACCGAGCCAUCAUGGCGAGCCGCUGGCGGGCUGGCUCUGGAUCCGUGAUUUCUACUCGGCUUUGCGCCUCUUCGUGGGAAAGUCCUGCUCAACUUUCUCCGAGCCGGGUUAAGGUUUUCAGCCGCUGUCUCUUAGCCUUCCUGGCGCUCCUCUGCGGCGGACUUUGCGGCGGCGAAAGUGAGUUUUCGAUCCUGGAGGAAGCGCAAGUUUUGGCCGUGCAGAUGAAGAAGCUGUCCGCUCAGGAGCUGGGAGUAUUCACCAUGCAGAGAAUUUUCAGCUCCUUUGUGUACACAGAGAAGACUUCAAAUGGCGAGACAGAGGUGCAGCAGCUGGCAAAGAAGAUCCGGGAGAAAUUUAACCGCUACCUAGACGUGGUGAACCGGAACAAGCAGGUGGUGGAGGCUUCAUACACGGCCCACCUAACCUCUCCACUCACAGACAUUCAAGACUGCUGCUCAAUUCCUCCUUCCAUGAUGGAGUUUGAUGGAAAUUUUAACACAAAUGUGUCAAAAACCAUCAGCUGCGAUCGGUUAUCCCCCACCGUCAACAGCCGAGCGUUCAACCCAGGACGAGACCUCAAUUCGGUGCUGGCAGACAACCUGAAGUCAAACCCUGGCAUCAAGUGGCAGUACUUCAGCUCAGAGGAGGGCAUCUUCACUGUGUUUCCUGCUCACAAGUUCCACUGCAAGGGCACCUAUGAGCACAGGAGCAGGCCUGUGUAUGUGUCUGCGGUGAGGCCCCAGUCAAAGCAAGUUGUGGUGCUCAUAGACCAUGGCGCAUCUGUCAGUGAGACGCAGCUCCAGAUCGCUCGCGAUGCCGCCCUUGUCAUUCUCAACUCCAUUGAUGAACACGACAAAAUCUCAGUGUUGACGGUAGCUGAUGCUGUUCGUUCCUGUUCCCUGGAUCAAUGCUACAAGAGCUUUCUGUCCCCAGCCACCAGUGAGACCAAGCGGAAGAUGAGCACCUUCAUCAACAACAUUAAAGCCUCUGACAGCCCCACCCAGCAUGCCCUGGGCUUCCAAAAGGCCUUCCAGCUUCUGAGGAACACCAGCAACGUCAGCAAACAGCAGAUCAACACUGACAUGGUGAUAAUCUACUUGUCGUCGGGCAUCACCUCUCGAGACUCGUCAGAGCAUGAGAAGCGAGCCACUCUGAGCGUGAUAAAGGAGGAGAACCACCACCUCAACAACUCAGUCAUGAUCCUCACCUAUGCUCUCAUCAAUGAGGGUGUGACAGGUCUGAAAGAGCUGGCGUUCAUGCGGGAUUUGGCAGAACAGAAUUCGGCAAAGUACGGCGUUUCGGACCGUUCCCAGCUCCCCGUUGUGAAGGGCAGCAUGAUGGUACUGAACCAGCUCAGUAACCUGGAGACCAGUGUGGGCCGCUUCUACAUCAACCUGCCAAACCGGAUGAUUGACAUGGCCUCUUUCAGCCUGCCCUAUGCAGACCAGAUGGGUGAUGGCUUCAUUAUGACAGUUAGCCGGCCAUGCUACUUUGGAAACCUGCUGCUGGGGGUUGUGGGCGUGGAUGUGAACCUGGCCUAUAUCCUCGAGGAUGUGACUUAUUACCAAGACUCGCUGGCCUCCUAUACCUUCCUCAUAGAUAACAAAGGUUACACCCUCAUGCACCCAUCCCUGACUCGCCCCUACCUGAUGACUGAAGCCCCUCUGCACACUGACAUCAUCCACUAUGAGAACAUCCCAGGCUUUGCCGCUGUCCGCCAGAACAUCCUCAGUCUGCCUUUGGGGAGCCAGGUCAUCGCUGUGCCCAUCAACUCCUCUCUGUCCUGGCACAUGAAUCGCUUGCGUGACCCCAGCCGAGAAGCCUAUAACGUCAGCUACGCCUGGAAACUGGUCCAGGACACCUCCUUCAUUCUGUGCAUAGUCUAUGUUCAACCAGAAAUACCUGUGAAGCACCUGAAGAACCUUAACACAGCCCCCAGCAGUAAGCUCCUGUAUCACAGACUGGACCUUCUGGGUCAACCCAGCACCUGCCUGCACUUCAAACAACUUGCUACUGUUGAGAGCCCUACUGUGAUGCUGUCAGCCGGUAGUUUCUCCUCUCCUUAUGAGCACCUGAGUCAACCGGAAACCAAGCGCAUGGUGGAGCACUACACUGCCUACCUCAGCGAUAACACACGCCUCAUAGCCAACCCAGGCCUGAAGUCGUCUGUCAGGAACGAUGUGAUGGCGACCAGUCAUGUGACGGACGAAUGGAUGAGUCUCAUGGAGCUGAGCAGCCUGAACUGCUACAUUGUGCGCCGUUACAUAGCAACGCCCAAUGGGGUGCUGCGGAUUUACCCUGGCUCACUCAUGGACAAAGCCUUCGACCCUACUAGGAGACAAUGGUACCUUCAUGCUGUGGCCAAUCCUGGUCUUAUUACUUUUACUGGACCUUACCUGGACGUUGGUGGAGCUGGCUACGUGGUCACCAUCAGCCACACAAUCCAUGCCUCUAGUUCUCAGAUGGCUCCAGGCUAUGCAGUAGCAGUUAUGGGCAUCGACUUUACACUGCGCUACUUCUAUAAGGUCCUGCUGGAUCUGCUGCCUAUCUGCAACCAGGACAAGGGCAACAAAAUCCGAUGCUUUAUUAUGGAGGACAGAGGCUAUCUGGUGGCCCAUCCCACCCUGAUUGACCCUAAGGGCCACGCUCCAGCAGAACAGCAACAUAUCACCCAUAAGGAGCCACUGGUGGCCAAUGACAUCCUUAAUCACCCUAAUUUUGUGAAGAAGAACUUGUGUAAUAGCUUCAGUGACCGGACAGUGCAACGCUUCUAUAAGUUUAACACUAGCAUUGUGGGUGAUCUGACCAAUCUGGUUCACGGCAGUCACUGUUCAAAGUAUCGGCUCACCCGUAUUCCAGGGACCAAUGCCUUUGCGGGUAUUGUGAAUGAGACUUGUGAUUCUCUGGCUUUCUGUGCAUGCAGCACUGUGGAUCGCCUCUGUCUGAACUGCCACAGAAUGGAACAGAAUGAGUGUGAAUGUCCCUGUGAGUGUCCUCUAGAGGUGAAUGAGUGUACAGGCAAUCUCACUAAUGCAGAAAACAGAAACCCAAGCUGUGAGGUACAUCAAGAGCCCUUGUCUCUGACAGUGAUUGAGCCCAGUUUGCAGGACACUCUGCCACAGUGCAUCAACACUCGUUGUAGCCAGCGCUUCACCAGCAGUGAUUGCUUUGGUGUGCUGGACUGUGAGUGGUGUAUGGUGGACAGUGAUGGAAAGACCCACCUGGACAAACCCUACUGUGCUCUUCAGAAGGAGUGUUUUGGAGGAAUUGUAGGUGCCAAGAGUCCUUAUGUGGAUGGUAUGGGCCUUUUAGCAGAUGAAGAGGUGGCGUCUCUGAACAUGAUAAAGAGCGCGCCGGUGGGGCCAGUAGCAGGAGGCAUUAUGGGAUGCAUCAUGGUGCUGGUUUUGGCUGUGUAUGCCUACAGGCACCAGAUCCACCGCCGGAGUCAUCAGCACAUGUCCCCUCUAGCCGCGCAGGAGAUGUCAGUGCGGAUGUCUAACCUGGACAAUGAGCGGGAUGAAAGAGAUGAAGACAGUCAUGAGGACAGAGGAAUAAUCAGUAACACACGCUUCAUUGCUGCUGUCAUUGAGAGACACACACACAGUCCUGAGCGCAGGCGGAGAUACUGGGGCAGAUCAGGAACAGAGAGUGACCAUGGUUAUAGCACCAUGAGCCCGCAGGAGGACAGUGAAAACCCACCCUGCAACAACGACCCCCUCUCAGCGGGAGUGGACGUGGGCAAUCAUGACGAGGAUCUGGACCUGGACACACCGCCACAAACCGCUGCCCUGCUGAGCCACAAAUUCUACCCCUACCGGCACACGCACACACACCAUCCGCUGCACCCCCACACACACCACUUGCAAGCAGCUGUCACCGUUCACAGCGUGGAUGCAGAGUGCUGAGGGCCCUCCCCCACAUGAACUCCCCUUCCCCUGGUGUUCCACCUUUGAUGCCACUUCACUCGAGCCCUGCCUUCAUCCUCCACUCCCCCUUUCAGCCUUCGCGGCAGGUGCUGCGCCCCCUCAGAGAGAAAAGGACAGGGCCGAGCCCUCCUGCAGACAUCCUCUCUGAUGAGGAACGGCCAGCAGCCCAGCCUGGACUUUACCGAGAACCUCUGAAAUCACAGUGCCCCUCACGGAGCCUUUUUCAAGGUUGUGGAUGGGCAGAUUUGCACUUGUUUUAAGUGCCACAAAGCAUCUCAAAUUUUUAAAGAAAAAAGAAUGAAGACGAAAGGAUUAUUUUUCUACUAUUUAUUUAACUGGAACUGAGGUGGAAAUAAAUGAAUGGAAGAAACUCUUAUGAACUGACUGAAUUGGUCAGAUAGUAUGGCCCUUGAACUCUAGUAUCAGGCCCUAUUUUUUUCCUGAACUGCCAAGCAGCAGCGAACAGUGGGAUGCGUGGCACAUUUUGCGUCACACACUUUACUGUGAGAAUGUUCUUUAGCACAAAAAAGGAAUUUCAAAUAAGGACGGACUCGACUGACUGUGCUGCACAUCAAAGAGAGAAAGAGAGAGAAUGCGAGAAACAGAGAGCACCAGCCAUCUGUGAGUGGAGGCAGAAAUGUGUUGCAUUUAGAGAAGCUUUCAUUCGUUGGAUGGUCUGGUCCAAGCCUGUUAUGUGUCAUUUGUGACGGUGUGAACGAGGAAGUGAUUCUCCGGAGUCUGUGUAAAAGUGGCCAAGGGUCUUAGUGCUCCAAGUGUUUUACCCCCAACCACAACUCUGCCAGCUGUUUAAGACGUUUUAGCAGUGACCUCAAGAAAAAACGCUUAGAUGUACCACUGUAUUGUAUAAGCUUUCAUUCCAGCAUCCCUGUCUAGCUCUGCCCAUCCAUUUCAUUUGGUUAUUUGUGUGAGUGAGUUAUGGAGAUUAACUGUUGUUGUGAGAGCUCUGUGUGUGGGCACAGAUGGAUCUUUUUCCCUGAGGAUGGCAUCAUAUAUUUGGCUUUUAAUGAGUAAUUCAGUAUUGAGUGUAUCAUGUCAGAUUUUCCCUUUUGGAAAGGCAGAAAUAUCAGAAUUCUACUGAACACCUGCACUUGGCCCUCGACUCCAAAUGUUCUGUGUUUAUGCUUAUAUGAUUAUGAGGGAAAAUUUUGUUUACAGAUUAGAAAAAAAUAUACCAUGUAUAAAUAUGAGUUUUUAACAAAGUAGCUGUCCACAAUGCUGAGAACACAGACGGAAUCACAUAUUGAGACACAACAAUGGAAAUGUGCAGAAUUUUGGAAGUUUGGAAGAGAUAUUACAAUAUUUUUUGAACAUAUUAAGCAUUUUGUGUAAUUUGUCCUUAUACCAUCCGAAUAAUAUGUUCACGUGUUAUUGUUUUAGCGAGACGCUACUCUUUGCAGAAAUCCUGUCGCACUUCUCUGUACAUCAGUCUGUGCACGGCUUCCAGCGUCUGCUUGACGUUAAAGGUACUGGAACUGGGUUAACUGGUUGACGCUGGAAAUUAACCAGUGAUAUUAAAACAAGAACUCGCUAAACAACGUUGGUGCUUUUUUGCCUUUCUUGGUGAACAUUUGUCAUAUCCCUAAACAGGAUAUCUCAUAACAGUACUUCAAGGGCAGCAGCACUGAAUAUACUCUGCUUCAUUUUACUCACAAAGGAUGCAUUCGGGGUUUUUUACCUCAUAAGCUCUCCUGCUGGUGUGGGUUCAUACUGGUGUAUUGAUUGUAUUGGUCCUUCUGGCCCGGUUUGUCCGCACUGACAUCAUCUGGACUAGGUUAUGUCAGUGCGGACAAACCGGGCCAGAUGAUGUCAGUGCGGACAAACCAUCAUCUGACAUCAUCUGGACUAGGUUAUGUCAUUAGGUACUUAUAACAAUACUCGAAGGCUAACUGAAAGGAGGUGAUAGCCUCCCAGUGUAAUGGCAGCUUAUAUAAUGCCUUGUUUUGUUUCUAGACCUUGUUUCAUAGACUACGAAAUGAUCUAGUACUCCCAUGAGAAUGUAGUCAAGUUCCCCGAUAUCAUCAUGAAAAUGUAAGGAAACGUUUGCCACGUCUCUCCCACCACUAAUGGUGACUACUGUUGCAGUAGUUAUACCAAGGAAUCCAUUACAAAUUACUAACUGCUUCUUUCAAACUGUAAUGGGAUUACUGAUUACAUCCUGAAAAUGUAAUCUCAUUACUCUAACAUUAUUCUAUUUUACUCUCUAAAACCUAUACAAAUUUGUAUUGACUGGAAAUGUGGAAAACCCAGACAGAGCCGAUCUUAAUAAACAUUACUUGAAUGUUACUAUCCCUACCUGUACAGAUGGGCAAUAUGGCAUUUUUAUCGUUACUCUGUUUUUUGUUUUAAUUUUUUAAUAUAUGUCACUACAGAUUCUAUAUUGUCUGUUCCAAAUGAUUGGACUUCAGAAAAACAAAAUAUAGGUAUCUUGAUGUAAUAUGUUGAUCAUAUCGCCCACCCCUACCUGCCUUUGCUCUAAGGAAGACAGACACUUAUGCUUGAUCAAAAUUAUGAACAGCUAAUGCUGUUGAAAACCUUAAAGGGCCUAAAACCUAAAGGGAUGGUUCUAAUUGAAAGCUGAGUCUGGCUUGUUUAGGUGAGAUUGCUGCUCUCGUUUCUUCAACAUGGGGAUCUUUAGCCAUCAGUUUAAUUUUAGUAUGAUUAGAGGCUUUGACAGCUUGUUCACCAGCUUUACAGUGCUGUUUACAGUGCUGCUUGCACUGCGCUGCUCAUUUUCAGAAUCAAAGUCAUGCAGGCAGCGGUUACACGUAACACACCAGUGUGAAAAGUACAAGGACAGUCAUGAGUAAUCUGUAUAGAGACAGUGUAUGUUAGAGGGUGUCUUAGAGAGAUAUGAGUAAUACAGGUGACAAAAUUCUUAAGUAACUAAUGAAAUAAGA